GAAGGAUUGAAAUAAAGUUGAUGCAAUAUUCAUCAGCUGGUUAGCCAAAAAAUGUGCGAAACUUGAAUAUUUGUAAUAAAUUUUUUUUAUGUUCAUGGAAAAAUGUCAACUCUAGGCCCUUUUGGUCAAAUUAAAAUGGUAAACCAAGAUCGAUUUGAUGCAAAAAAGCUUGAACCAAAAGAAAGUACAUUAAUCGACUUCAGCACUCAAAAUGAAAAUGCUUCAGAGAGGCAGAUAUUGGCUGCCGCUUCUGGGAUCAGAGCUCAGAAGCAAGAUAACUCUGUGUGGUCCAAAUUUAAAAAAAUCUCACCUAAUGUGGACCAUGUUGAAUCUUUGGAUAUCGAAAAAUUGUAUUCUCUUGAAGGGUGGAAUUUACCGCCUUCUAUGACUCGCUAUUAUAAAAAUAAAGGGAUCAAUUCCCUGUUUAAAUGGCAGGUUGAAUGUCUUACUAUACCCGGUGUUAUUGAAGGUGGAAAUUUGGUAUUUUCUGCUCCAACCUCUGCCGGUAAAACAAUUGUCUCUGACAUAUUGAUGAUGAAGAAAGUUAUAGAACACAGAAAAAAGGCGAUUGUUAUUUUACCUUUUGUGUCUGUCAGUCGAGAACGAAUGGUCGGGCUCAAAAGUAUGCUUAGAUCAACAAAGAUUCGUGUUGGAGGUUUCAUGGGAAAUCAACAUACACCUGGAGGCUUAGCUGCAUGCUCAAUUGCUGUUUGUACAAUCGAAAAGGCUAACAGCUUCAUUAAUAAACUGAUCGAGGAGAAUAAUAUAGAGAUCAUUGGAUCAGUCAUUGUUGACGAACUUCAUAUGCUUGGUGAUUCAAGUCGAGGAUUUUAUUUAGAACUUUUACUUGCUAAAUUAUUAUAUCUAUCAAGAAGGAAAAAUAAACAUAUCCAGAUUGUGGGAAUGAGUGCCACAGUACCAAACUUGAAAGAGAUAGCAACAUGGUUAGAUGCAAAGUUAUAUAUUACAAACUUUAGACCGAUUCCAUUGGUAGAAAAAGUUCAACUUGGAGAUAAAAUUUAUAUUGCACCAGAAUUGACAGAAUCGCAUAAUCUUCCACCAACUUAUGGAUUCGAUAUGGUUGAAAGGAGAACGCCACGAGAUAAAUCAUUAUUCCUUGUUCUUGAAACUGUUUUAGAUGGAAAUGGUGUUUUGAUGUUCUGCCCAACUAAACUGAAGUGUGAAGUUACUGCUCGUGAUUUUGCUCUUCUAUUGGCAGCAAUAAGUCGCAGUAAUGAAGCAGAUGUCAAAUCAAAAUUAUCUCGAGUAUUGAAGAAGGAAGCUGCAAAAGACAUAGCUUCGCAAUUGUCUCGUACCCAAGUUGCAGCAGAGCCAUUGUUAGCUAAAAUUGUGCCAUAUGGAGUUGCUUAUCAUCAUGCAGGAUUGUCCCAAGAAGAGAGAGAAAUUAUUGAAGAUGGAUUUCGUCGAGGGAUAAUUAAAGCACUAAUGGCGACUUCAACAUUGUCAGCCGGGGUUAAUUUGCCUGCACGUCGAGUUGUCAUUGCAUCACCAGUGUUCAUGAACACAAUGAUGGAUAUAAUGACUUACAAACAAAUGGUCGGUAGAGCAGGAAGAAAAGGAAUCGACGAUAGGGGAGAAAGUAUCUUAAUGUGUACUGAAGAUGAAGAGGAGACCGGUAGACAAUUGGUUUCAUGUGCUUUGAACGAAAUUAAUUCAAAUCUAAUGAAAAUAUCCUUUUCUGCUCAAGGUGGAAAUGAUCCAUCAUCUCAAACAUAUCUCAUGACUGAAAGUAUUAAACGUGCCAUCAUCGAAGCCAUUGCUAGUGAAAUGACAAUCACUUUUGAUGACAUCAAAGACUACCUCAAUUCAACUUUUUUUGCAUCUUUAAGACCAAUACCAUUUGAACAUGUCUCGGAAGUGCUGAACUAUCUUGUGGAAAAUAAAUUUGUGAGUUAUUCUAAUAGCACGCAUUAUAUUUCAACCAAAUUAGGAAAAGCUGUUCUGGCAUCAUCGAUUGAUCCUGAUCAAGCCAUUUAUUAUGCCCAAGAAUUGGAAAAGGCUCAAAAAGCGUUCGUGUUGCAUAGCGAUUUACAUAUCUUAUUCGAAGUGACUUUACCUUUAGGUGAUAAAGAAAAAAUAGAUUGGAAAAAAUAUUACGACAUAUUUAUGGAUUUAGAUGAAGAGACUCGCAAAGUUUCAGAAACCAUUGGUAUAAAUACUCACUACUUACAGAAAAAAUCUUUAUUUCCUGGUAACACAUUCGAUGAAGUUGCCAAGGUACACAUUAGAUUUUAUUUUGCUCUUGUUUUAGCUGAACUUGUAAAAGAAACACCAUUAAGACAGGUAGCAGAGAAGUUUGGAAUUCCUCGCGGAGAGCUCCAAGCAGUUCAACAAAGUGCUGCAACAUUCGCUGGUAUAAUCACAAUGUUUUGCCAAAAACUAGGCUACAACAAUCUUGAAACAAUUAUUGGGCAAUAUCAAGAUCGGCUCCAAUUUGGUAUUCAGCGUGAAUUAGUUGAUUUAAUGCGAGUAUCAUCAAUGACUGUAGCUAUUGCACGAUAUCUUUACCAAUCUGGUUAUUCAACUGUACUUUUAUUGGCAAAAAGUGAUAUUCCUUCAAUUGAACGACUUCUUGCCAAUGCUGGCCCUUUUCGUAUGGCAUCGGAAUCUUCUGAAACACAGCGUAAACUUUGGAUUGGAGAUGUUUGCCGUUAUGUUGACUGUCAUGAAUUAGCUAAGCUUAUCGUCGAGGAAUCCAGAAAUAUCAUUGAAGUAGAUCUUGGUUAUAAAGUUAGCUGGGAACAAGAUGAGGAUACGGAAAUUCGUGAUCAAAUGAUUGUAGAUAAUUUACAAAAGAGUAAAAAAAGUGGAAAAAGUAAAAGUAAACCUUUCAAAAAGAAGAAAAAAACGUUGUCACGUUUAAAAUCAAAAUCGACUAAACCAAAUGCACUCAAGCUGGAGCUUCAAGCUGCUCAACUCCAAGUUGCUGGAUGCUACAAACCUUUAAGUCGAUGAAAAAUAUGUUUAAGCUUUUUAUCGAGUAUUCAUCAUUUUAUGGAAAGCUUUAAAACUGAAUGAAUCAGUGUUAAUUUCAUCUCUUGUUAAAUAAAAAUUGUGAUAUAUUAACUGACAACUGUGAGAUAACUCUUGAGCUUAUUGAAUAAAAAAAACUUAAUACAAGAA